AUGGCCGAAACGAAAGAGGAAGUUAAAGCCUAACCCAAAGUAUAUGCUUAUGCCGAUUUAAUCGAAUUCGAAAAUAAGCAAGCCUUUAGUUCAAUAGGGAAGAUGCCACUAUCAACCAAAUAGACACUGCCUAGUUUUAGUUUUGGCUCAGCCGAACGUGCAAAUUAAGCGAAACUUUAUCACAACAAAGAACUUGCGAGAAUAGAUUUUGCAGGUAAGAGAAAUUAUGUACAAGAUCAAAGGCAAGGCCAGUCCUGGACCUGUGUACAAUGUACGAGGAGGAGAUCACUUUUAUUACACUUAAGAUGCGAAUACUAAAUUCGGAACCGAUCCUCGUAAUACCUUGGGUACAGGAGCAAAGUUUGAUUACUAUCAAAGGAAGGAUGUGGAUGUAAAAUUUGAAUUUGAAUUAUGAUAGUUUGAACCUCAAGAAGCAGAUUUGAUUCGAAAACCCAAAUAUCCAAACGUUAAGAUUGGAUUGGAAUCCAGAGUAUGAUUCUGAAAUAUUAAGUUCCCUCCCGAAAAAAGAUUGAAGGGAACUCCUGGUCCUCAAUACGACCCAGCCAUUAAGCCUGAGGUGCCCACUCCUGCUCAAUAUUCAUUUGGAUAUAGGAGAGACAUACCAGGGGCAUCAGCCUUGGCUCCGACUUGUUCUACCCCAGUGAUAGUGGGACCAGGGGCGUACCUGUAGAAGCCUCCUGCAAAUACAAGCAAUUUGGAGGAUGCUCCUCAUUGGACUUUGCCUAAGGGCCCCAAGUUAGGGAAGAUCUUUGAAGGGUGGGAUAAGAAUCAAACCUACGACACCAAACAGUAAUGUUAAUGACAUUAAAAGGAUUGCUGUAGGAGUGCAAGUGAAUUCUAAGAAAAAGUCAUAUCCAGCAUUCAGUGUGGGCAAGUCGACGAGGGAAGCGAAGGUUGGACAUUUCACGUAAUUAAUGGUGAAGGUUCCAUCGAAGGUGCACAUACCACAUCCAAAAAUAUGA